UUCACCUGAUCAGGUACAACUCAACCACAAUUGUCCGAGUUAUGUUUUAGAAGGAUCAAGUGUAGUCUGUACAUGCAAUGCUUCAAGAACGGGAAGUCCACCUGGACUUUUGGCUUGGUACGAAAUGACAGACGCAACACUUCUACUCACAAAUGUUAGUAGAAACACAAGUGGAAAACAAUUUAUAUGUCGAUUGGAAUGGGGUUCAAAUGGAGCCAUCAAAGCAGUGAUUUCUUAUAUACUGACUGUUGCCUAUGGGCCAUCUGAUGUGAUCAUAAACAGAAUUGCAGAGACAGCAGACGAGAAGUCCGUGAUAAUACGUAUAACCUGUUCAGCUAUUUAUUUCUUUCCCUCGGUUAAGUUUCAAUGGAACAUCACAUGUGAAAAUGAGACUGACUAUACACACUUCAGUGUGUGCUCCAUCAACAUAACUCACAGAGUGGACCAUGUGAUGAUAGAGUGUACAGCCACCAACACUUACUUCCCUCAGGUCUCCUUUUCACGUGUCUACAUGAUUUGACUAUUGAAGAAAGAGAACCGGAAAGCAAGGAAUCAUCAGCACAAUGUGUAAACACAGUCAUCGUUGGUGGUGUCGGAGCAGCUGCUAUUGUCUUACUAAUCAGCGCGGCAGUCCUCGUUGUGUGCAUCAUCAAACGACGGAGAGGAAUGGCCAAGAAAAAAGAAAACCCGCUGUCCCAUCUUUAUGCAAUCUUCAAGAGACAAAAGUCGCAGGUUUUUACUGACCAUCAUUCAGCAUCAGUGGAUGAGAUUUACUCUAUCGCCGACUCAACUACUGCUGACCACGGGGUGGACAAUGCAGCAUUCAAUGAGACGAUCCAUAGCAGCGGGACUAGACACGUGACCUACGACAAUAACUACGUGACACAAGAGAUUGGUGGACACAAGACAGCAAUGAAACCACUAACAAAGCCAAUGCCAGUCACAGCAGGAAAACACAACUGUCAAAAUUUAUCAGAAUCGAUGUAUGACUCGGGCCUCAUGUCCGCCUGCAUGGACCAUAAUUACGAAGACCUCUCCCCCAAGGGAUAUAAAGCAAAGUCAAUUCUCAGAUACCUCCUAUGGCCAAGGCUGAGAGGUGUAACAAAGAUGAAAGUAUUUAUGAGAAUGUGGGCAACUAAAAUCAGAAUGGGUCUUAUAUUGCAGUUUCGGUUGCAACAAAGUCCAUGUUGGUGAAGACAGCACACGUGUGUUUAGUAAAUCUUGCACCAAUCAUGUUACUCAUCUCCAUCUUAUGCUGCAUUCAGUAUCAUUCAGCAACAUGCAGGAUCAAAAUUAACAAACACGGGUUAUUUAAAGUUUCCUUACAGGUUAAAAAAUAAAUUGUAAUUUUGUUAAAGCCAUAGUUAAUGCUCAUCCUAUGCAUAAUGAUAUCACAAUGAUCACUAAUAUCCUGCACGCUUUCUGAACAAAGCCACGAGGGAGAUCGAGUAAGAAACCUCCUGUAUAUUUUAUUUUUUUUUUUUUUUGCAAUGAGUAGUAACCUGAUGUAUGCGGAUGUAGAAUUAUAUCUGAAUGUAGCAAUAAGUUUUAAAGUAAAAAGGUAGAGUGUCUUUUUCUGUGUAAAUAGCUUUUGAAUCCUGAGUGUUUUAUCAAGAUAUGCGGCCUAAUACGAUAACUGAGUUGUCGUUUGAAAAAUAUUUGUUCAUGGACUAUUCCUUAUUUUCUUGUCAUGUUAAACCAAUUUUCUUCUUUUUUUCCUAGCAAAUGUUUAUCCAGCACCUUAGUUCUAUUUAAUGUUUUAGUCUAUACCGAAUCCUUAUAUUUACCUUUACUAGAGCACUUUGAUGUUUUAUAACAAAAAUGAGAGCCACAUGCACGCGACAAGAAUACAACACAAUACAAACAUGACACUCAUGUUCUGUCAUCAAAAUGCAUGUCAUUUUGUUAUGUGGUCUGCUUAAAUUUUACCUGCGUUUUUCAAGUCAUGAUCUUUUAAAUGACAGACUGAUGUUGAAUUUUUUUUGUAAAGUAAUAAGUUAGGUUGGUUGUAUUAGUUCGCCUAUUUUAAGAGUAUAUUUUAGUAUAUAUAGUAGAUUUUUUAUUUAAAGUUAUGACAUUCCAAUUUGUAAGAAAU